AUGAUGUGCACUCGCCUGUGUUCCUCGCGCCUUUACCUGCGCUCCACGAGACUUAUGUCUACAGCGUCCCCCAGGAUGGUGCAAGCAGCUACUGCUUCUCCUGCAGACAAGCAGCCAAACCUCAUGGUCGCCUCUUUGGCCUUCGAGGAUCCCAGCGCAUUCCGGGUAAAGACCUUAAGUGAGUUGUUUCGUGCAUUGGCUGUCUUCCGAUUCUGCUCCUUUCCUGUAUUGGUCAACAACUGCAACAAGCUGAUGUCAGCAGCCCGUAGUAUCCUGGGCAAGCGCAUCUUCUCCUCUCUGAUGAGAACCACGGUGUACGCUCAGUUUGUGGCUGGAGAGAAUGAGAAGGAGAUCUCUGAAUCCAUGGAGAAGAUGAGCACGCUGGGACUGAGGCCCAUGCUGGCGGUCCCCAUUGAGGAGGACCUUGGAGAGAGCACAGGAGAGAAGAGAUAUAACGACAACAUGGACGCCAUGUUGGAAUGUGUACGGAUGUCGCAUAGCAACGCUUGGAGCAAAGAUCCCAUGAUGCAACUCAAGGUCACGGCUCUGCUCAGCCCUGAACUAUGCGUCAAGCUCACCAAGGUCAUUUCCAAACAAACAUAUGACUUGGACCUCCUGGUCCGAGCUAUGGAUGGCGAGGACGUAAAGUUUCCUGGUUUGGAGGAGAGUGAGGCAGCGCACCUGCACUGUAGCCUGCAGCGACUCAAUAAGAUAGCCGAGUCUAGCGUAAACAAAGUGCGGGUCCUAGUUGAUGCGGAAUACACCUAUAUGAACCCCGCCCUGUCCCUUGUUACCAUGGCAAUGAUGAAAAAGUUUAACAAAGACGGAGCCUGGAUUUGGUACACAUAUCAGUGUUACCUAAAGGAGACAAGAGCGCACCUGAUGGAAGCGAUUCGUCAGUCCCAGGAAGAAGGGUUCUGUCUGGGAGUGAAGCUGGUGCGAGGAGCCUACAUGGACAAAGAGAGGAAGCUAGCAGGGAAGGAGGGUCGCCCGGACCCAGUCCAAGACUGCUGGGAAGACACAAAUGAAAAUUACAACAGCUUGCUGGAGGUGAUGCUAAGGCUCGUUGCUCAGGACCCGGAACGCUACAGGAUCAUUGUCGCCACACACAAUGAAGAGUCUGUGAGGCGGGCAGCCAGAUGGGUUGAGGAUUUGGGUAUUGACAAAGCAAGAGGAUCCGCAUGUUUCGGUCAGCUUCUUGGGAUGUGUGAUCACGUGUCCCUCACUCUGGCCAAGGAGGGUUACGCAGUGUACAAGUCUGUCCCAUAUGGCUCUGUGGACGACACCUUGCCGUAUCUGGUGCGACGGGCCCAGGAGAACCAAACUGUGCUGAAGGGCAUCCGCAAAGAGAGAGACCUCCUCAGACAGGAGCUCCAAAGGAGACUCAGAUUGAGAGCUUACUAG